AUGAAAAUACCGGAGCCAGACCUUGUGCGAAGCUUACCUGGUAUUCGCAACUGCAAGACAACUCUUUUAGUCGUUCCUCUGAGUACUGUCAACAACUGGGUUAUGCAGAUCAAAGAGCAUUUGAAGGCAAACUCCAUCUCAUAUUACGUGUUCCACGGCUCCUCCAGGACCAACGAUGCGGACGAAUUGUCCGGCUACGACUUGGUGAUCACAACCUACAGCAUUGUGCUAUCCGAACUGUCUCGGAGAGGAUCCAAGCGAGGCGUAAGUCCUUUGACGAAGAUGAAUCUGUUUCGCAUUGUUUUGGACGAAGCACACACAAUCCGAGAGCAGAGUGCUGCCCAGACACAGGCAAUAUUCAAGCUAAACUCUCAGCGCCGCUGGUCCGUGACCGGUACUCCCAUCCAGAACCGCCUUGAAGACCUUCUCUCCGUUACCAAGUUUCUUGGAUUGUUCCCCUACGAUGAUCGAGCCCGAUUUGGCAUGUACAUUCUUAGUCGAUUCAAGACUGGCGACGCGACAGUUCUCACAAGCUUGCGUGUGCUCGUUGACUCCUUCACUCUACGUCGGGUCAAAGACAAGAUUGACAUUCCUCCUCGGCACGACAAGAUUAUCACGCUGGAGUUCUCUGAAAAGGAGAAGCAACUGCAUGAAUUCUUCCGGAAGGAGUCCAAUGUCAUGAUGAGGGUGAUUGCAGGAGAGGACAAAACGAAGAUGAAGGGACGAAUGUACCACCAUAUUCUCAAAGCAAUGAUGAUCUUGCGACAAAUCAGUGCACAUGGCAAAGAGCUUCUCGACAGCGAUGAUCGUCAGCGGAUCAAAGGAAUCAGCGUGCAGGACGCAAUUGAUCUUGAAGAAGGAACGGGCGAAUCUGCCGGUGUGAUUGACAGGAAGGCGUACGAGAUGUUCAAUCUGAUGCAGGAAUCGUCAGCCGAUGCAUGUGCCGUGUGUGGCAAGCGCUUGGAAGAGCCCGGAUCAGACACCGGGGUGACAGAUCAGAAAGCUCCAAUGGCGGUAGUGCUACCCUGCUUUGACGUCCUCUGCCCCGACUGCUUCUCUGGGUGGAAGCAAGCUUUUGAUGGUCAAGUCGAACCUACGAAUACAAUGAAGUGCCAGGUUUGUGACGGCUGGAUUCCCGUUUCGUAUUCGACCAUCACUGCCGAAGGACUCCAGGCGUACUUGACGGAGCACGAACAAGCGAAGCAGAGCCGAAGGCAGUCCAAAACCCUUGGCGAAUAUGAAGGACCACACACGAAGACCAAGGCGCUUUUAGCUCAUCUCACCGAAUCUGCAGAGGAGAGCAAGAGACUAAACGGUGAGCCCCCCGUCAAGAGCGUGGUGUUCUCGGCCUGGACCUCCCAUCUUGACUUGAUCGAGAUUGCGUUGAAAGAUCAAGGCAUGACGGGAUACACCCGCUUGGACGGGACAAUGUCGCUCGCAGCUCGUAACAGAGCUCUAGAGGACUUUCAAGCCAACAACAACACCACCAUCUUGUUAGCGACGAUCGGUGCUGGUGGUGUUGGAUUGAACUUGACUUCUGCUUCGAAAGUGUAUAUCAUGGAACCUCAAUAUAAUCCUGCCGCUGUCGCCCAGGCAAUCGAUCGGGUGCACCGACUGGGUCAAACGCGCGAGGUGACCACAGUUCAAUUUAUCAUGAAGGGGAGUAUAGAGGAGAAGAUCUUCGAGCUUGCCAAGAAGAAGCAGCAGUUGGCAGACAUGAGCAUGAACCGAGGCAAGCUUGACAAGAAAGAAGUUCAGGAGCAGCGUAUGAGAGAAUAUAGAAGUCUCUUCAAAUGA